AGGGGGUGGCGCGGAGCCGCCGCGGCGCUGCUGCUCAGAGCGCGAGGUCUUCGUAACCGUCUCCGCGCGGCGCGAGCCUCGAGCCUCGCUCUUCCCCUAGCGGCAGCGGCCGGAGGGAGCGGAGGCGAGCGGGAGGCGGGCUCCAUGGAGAGCGGCGGCCGGCGGGGCACAGACGGCACUUCCAUCCCGGCUCACGGGCUCCAGUGACCUGCGCUCGCGUCCCGCACCGCGUCCGAGCGGCCGCCGGCUGGGGGACCGAGGGAUCGGCCUCGCCGACCAGCGCGCCCGGCGCCCCAGCUCCGAGCCUCGCCCUCGCCCCACUCCCCGGCGGGGUGGCGGCGGCCGGGCCCCCGCGGCGGCGGUCGGAGCAGCGAGAGCCCGCCUCUAUGAUGAAGUUCAAGCCCAACCAGACGCGGACGUAUGACCGCGAGGGCUUCAAGAAGCGGGCGGCGUGCCUGUGCUUCCGGAGCGAGCAGGAGGACGAGGUGCUGUUGGUGAGUAGCAGUCGGUACCCAGACCAGUGGAUUGUCCCAGGAGGAGGAAUGGAGCCCGAGGAGGAACCUGGUGGGGCUGCCGUGAGGGAAGUUUAUGAGGAGGCUGGAGUUAAAGGAAAAUUAGGCAGACUCCUGGGCAUAUUUGAGCAGAACCAAGACCGAAAGCACAGAACAUACGUGUAUGUUCUUACAGUCACUGAAAUAUUAGAAGAUUGGGAAGAUUCUGUUAAUAUUGGAAGGAAGAGAGAGUGGUUCAAAGUAGAAGAUGCAAUCAAAGUUCUCCAGUGUCACAAACCUGUACAUGCAGAGUAUCUGGAAAAGCUAAAGCUGGGUUGUUCCCCAACCAAUGGCAAUUCCAUGGUCCCUUCCCUUCCAGAUAACAAUGCCUUGUUUGUAACUGCUGCACAGACCUCUGGGUUGCCAUCUAGCAUAAGAUAGAAGAACUGGGAAGACCUCUCCCAUGUGCAGUCUCAUGAGGAGAGGCUUCUUUGUUUUCUUUGGCAAACAUCUGAAUGACGCUUGCAAACUGUCUGAAUUUGCCAUGCAAGGUUUUCAAACAAUUUGCAUGUUUUUCAGAUGCUUUCAAGUCUUCUUUUAAAAAAUAGUGUAAAAUAUUUUAAUAAGCCAAAGCCAUGUGGAAUUUUUUUUAGAUGCCUUAACUGUGCCCCCCUCCCCCAGUGUUAUUUUGGUUGUUGUUUUUUUCACAGCAUUGUAUCAGUUUUUUUGUCUAUUUGACAUCAGCCUGGUUUGUCCCAUCAAAUUCUUUGUAAGUAUAUUUUCCCCUCAAAUGUUCUCAUUCACAGCAUUAGCAUAUUCAACAAAUCCUUCUGUGGUGGGAAUUAAUGAAAAAUAUUCUUGAUGUUAAGGGAAUCUAUUUAUCCCCAAACUUGAUUUAUAUGAUCACAAUUUUAAUUCAUAAAUUGCAGAUUUGGGCUAUUAAUGUAUGAUCCAAUAACUAUUUUGACAAAGGAUUUAAUUUGCUAUUUUUGGGAGUUUGUCAACUCAUUUGUCUGAAUUUUCACAAAUAGCAUUAUGUCACUAGCCUACCUGAUGAUGGCUAUUGCCCCUACAACUCUAUAGAGUUGGUGAAUUUGGGGGAAAUAUUGUUAGCAAAAUGCAUGUAGUAAAUACACCUUACCAUGAACAUUACAUUCACGGAAUUAGAUUUAGCAUGCUCAGUUGCCAGGUCCCAUUAUCUGUAAUCUCUCUUUACACAGAAUACCUUAGAACCAUAGUUCCCUCAAUGUAAAUUGCUCUUAAAACAUAUUUGCAGUUUUACAUUUAGUGACACCUCUAGAGUUAAAGUUCUGCUUUUGCCGGUAACCACAGGAGUGGAGACUAACCUUAAAUGCCAGUCAGUGAUGACUGCAACGCAGUUGAGUAAAGUGGCCUUCUUGUUGUUUAGCUGUCGCAGGCGUAAGAUUGUUAGGGCACCUUAGAAUGUCCCAUCUCUUCUAGGUUGUCAAUAGGUACUAUUAUCACAUAACUAACUUUUCGGGCACUGGAAUAUACCUAAUCUAAGAAUGAUUUUUGUCUUAUACUUGGCUUUAUACUUACUUAAAAUCAAGAAUCCCAUCUAAAACACAUAGGUACCUUGUCUGAAACUCCUGUACUUCCCCAAUGAGGUAGUAGGUGGAAAAACCUUUGACUAAGAUGUGGAGUUGGGGACAGUGAAGGAUCAUUUUUUAUGUAGACUUUAGCCUUUUGUAAAUAUUGUAACUGGUGAGUAUAAAGUAGAAAAUAAGUAUAAUGAAAACAUUUGUUUUACAAAUUGUUAACCUUUAAAAAUAUAAUUGCUGCUAAAAAUAGAAUGCUGUUACAGUUAAGGAAAAUCGGUGCCAUUUUGAAAAUGAGAUCUUGUGCCAUAAAUGCAGCUCAGCUAAAUAUAAACGUUAGUUCACAAAUUAACGCUGUCAAAGGAAUGAAUAAAGUAGAAAACCUUUUAACUAAUGACAUUUCAUUCUAAAUUAUGUAGUGUGAUCAAACAUGAUCAUCCAGAAUUUUUAUAUUUUUCUUUGUACAGAGGUGUUAUGUAUUCUGGGUGUUUUUUAAAAAGGAAACAUUUUAAAUCCCACAAAUUGACACUUUCUAUCUUCAGUGGACUAAGAUUUUUUUGUCAGUAAUCUCUGAAAUUUCUUUAAAUUACAUACUUAACACAGUACAGAAACUGGAUCAUUUUUGUAUAUAAGACUGCUUCCACCUGAAAUGCUGUCACAAGAACUGGGGGCGAGGGGUUAUCUUGUACAUGAUAUUCUUAGUGGUAAUAAUGCAUGAACGUAUUUUAUAAAAUCUUGGACUAUGUAUUUGACAUGUAAAAUAUGUACAGUAUUAAUGUCAACCAUCUCUUAAAAGUUAGCCUAUAAAUAUUGUUGUAUAAUUUUCUUUGGUCAGAAACAUUUGGACUGAAUAGUGCCACUUGGGUCAGGAUUUAAUUCAGUGCCAUUUAGCAAACCAACUGUCUUUAGUCUAUGCAACUAGCAAAAAUUUGUAUGAUGCAACAGAAUAGUUUCCACACUUUAAAUUUUCAUGUGAGUGGUUCUUCACUAUUCUUCUGGAACCCAGUCUAACAAAAUUAGAGAGACCCUUAGGAGAUUUCUGUUAAGAGAAAAAGCCGAUAUUAUCAGGCUAAAAAGUUGAACCUACUAAAGAUAACAAAUAGUGUCUACUAUCUCAACCCUCCAAAGUUUGCAGAGUGUUGGGACUGUCAUAUGUGAUUUUUUUUUUUGUGGGGUAGUUGAAUAAAAUUGGGCAGCUAAAUUUUUCAGUUCCAUGUGUCUCCUAAAUAAAAAAGAAAAUAAGUAGUUAUUGUGAAUUGACUUGCAGACAAAGUAGAAACUGUCUUGCAUGUUUUUUUUUGUAAAGAGAUGACAUUUCCCAACCAGGCAGAUGCCAUCCAAUGUUGUCGUUCACACCGUUGUAUAAAGCAGCAGAACCUAAAGGGGGAAAUGAUUGUUGUACACACUGAAUUGCUUUGCAUGGUCUCAUUCGAGAUAAUUGGUGUAAGAAUCUUGACUUUUUUUAUAUUUGGAAAUAUCAAAUAAAAAUUGAAAUAAAUGA